GGAUGUUGCGUAGGUCCCCGGAAGUGACGUCACGGCACAGCAAUGGAAGCGUCCUACCUCGCCACGCGUGCCUGUUGAAAACAUUGAGCAACAUUUUCUUGUCAUCAACAUUAAUAACAACCUUCAGAUAUGUCUGGCCGGCAAAACAACAAGCUGCCAAACAAUUUGCCGCAACUUCAGAAUCUCAUCAAAAGAGACCCGCAGUCGUACGUAGAGGAGUUUUUACAGCAGUACCGACACUACCAGUCUAAUGUGCAGAUCUUCAAACUGCAGCCGGAUAAAGCCAACAAGGAGCUGGCAGACCUUGUUAUGUUUCUGGCUCAGGUUGCCCACUGUUACUUGCAGCAUUUGUCUACUUUCCCCCAAGAGCUGACUGAGUUAUUGCUGAGUCAUCAUACAAUAGUGGACCCUGCUUUAAGGAUGACUUUCUGCAAAGCCUUAAUUCUUUUAAGAAACAAGGACCUGAUUGACCCCACUGGCCUGCUGGAGCUCUUCUUUGAGCUUCUGCGAUGUCACGACAAGCUGCUCAGAAAGACUUUGUACACCCACAUUGUAGCCGACAUCAAAAACAUCAACUCCAAGCACAAAAACAACAAAGUCAACACUUCACUACAGAACUUUAUGUACACCAUGCUGAGAGACCGGAACUCUACCGCGGCCAAAAUAUCGCUGGAUGUCAUGGUGGAGUUGUACAAAAGGAACAUUUGGAACGACGCCAAGACGGUGAACGUCAUUACGACAGCGUGCUUCUCCAAAGAAGCCAAGAUCCUUGUGGCGGCGCUUAAGUUUUUCCUGGGAACAGACGAAGAAGAAAACGAAGGAAGUGAUUCCGAAUCAGAGCAGCCCCAAGGACCAUCCGCGCGUGACUUAAUGACAAGAUAUUCCACGGGCAAGAAAACCACCAAAAACAAGAAGAAGCUAGAAAAAGCCAUGAAAGUCCUCAAGAAACACAAGAAAAAGAGCAAAGUGGAAGUGUUCAACUUUUCUGCCAUUCACCUCAUACAUGAUCCUCAAGACUUCUCAGAGAAGCUCCUGAAGCAGUUGGAAACCUCUAAAGAACGCUUCGAGGUGAAAAUCAUGAUGAUGGAGCUCAUAUCAAGACUGGUGGGAAUCCAUGAGCUCUUCCUCUUCAAUUAUUAUCCCUUCGUCCAGAGGUUUCUACAGCCCCAUCAAAGAGAGGUGACAAAGAUCCUCCUGUGUGCAGCCCAGGCUUCCCAUCACCUCGUUCCUCCUGAGAUUAUCGAGUCGGUGAUCGGGACAAUCGCCAACAACUUUGUGACCGACCGAAACUCCGGCGAGGCCGUGACUGUUGGGAUCAAUGCCAUUAAAGAGGUGGCAGCUCGCUGUCCGCUGGCUAUCACUGAGGAUCUGCUGCACGACCUGGCCUUGUACAAGAAACACAAAGACAAGAAUGUGAUGAUGUCUGCCAGGAGUCUCAUCCAGCUCUUUAGGAAUCUCAACCCAAAGAUACUGCACAAGAAGGACAGGGGAAGACCCACAGAAGCAUCAGUGGAAGCUAAAGUGAAGGACUAUGGUGAGCUUGGAGCUGUAAGCUACAUUCCCGGAGCAGAAGUGCUGGAAGUGGAGGAGGAAGUCAAGGACGGGGAGGCAGAGGAAGACGGCUGGGAGAGCGCCAGUAUCGGUGAUGAUGGCGAAGAUGGGGAGUGGGUGGACGUUUACCACUCAUCUGAUGAAGAUACAGGAGAAGUGGCGGAGAAGCUGAAGAGCGUGCCGGUGGAGGAGCGCGAAGCCAAGGCGGCGGCGGUUAGCAGUAGCAGGCUUCUCACGCAGGACGACUUCAAAAAGAUCCGACUGGCACAAAUGGCCAAGGAGGUCAACGCUGCGCCGGGGAAAGGGACAAAGAGGAAAGCAGCGGACAGUGAUGAAGAAGAAUACAGGGGAGAGUUGCUGACCUUAAGAGAUAUUGAGAAGCUGCAUAAGAAACCAAAAGCAAACAAGGAGACGCGAUUGGCAACAGCAAUGGCGGGUCGAACAGACCGCAAGGAGUUUGUGAAGAAAAGGACCAAAUUGAACCCUCACGCCAGCACCAGCAACAAGGAAAAGAGGCGUACGAAGAACUUCAUGAUGAUGAGACACAGCCAGAGCGUCCGUACUAAAGGCAAGCGCUCCUUCAGAGAGAAACAGAUUGCCCUUCGGGAUGCACUCCUCAAAAAGAAGAAGAUGCAGUAAUAUGUAGAUGUCUGACUGCAUCAUCAUGUGUAUAUUCCUUCAAUAUUAUUGUGUUAUUUCCAACAAAUCAGCUGCAUUCAGCUUUUUUAAAUAAAAUUGUGAUCAUGAAA